CAGAAUUCAACAAAUCAUUUUGCCAAAAAGAACAAGUAUUUCUUCAAGUGGUAAAAUUUUCAAAAAAUAGAAAAACAAAAACUCGACGCACAGAAGCAGACAGCAGGCCUGAAUAAUUGGGCCCAAACGAGGACGAGUUUACUGGAGUGGCGCCCAUUGAAGAAAAAACCUAGUCUAUUCAAUUUUUAGGUGUAUAUAAAAUCCUAACGCCUCCCAAUUCCACUUGUCUCCUGAGUCUUUUAGGGAUCCUUGAAGAACAACAAGCGUCCACAAUGUCGAAACGAGGACGUGGAGGGUCGGCGGGGAACAAGUUCAGAAUGUCACUAGGUCUACCGGUGGCGGCGACGGUGAACUGUGCGGACAACACUGGUGCUAAGAACCUGUACAUCAUUUCAGUGAAAGGCAUUGGUGCAAGGCUUAACAGGUUGCCUUCAGCUUGUGUUGGGGAUAUGGUUAUGGCUACAGUUAAGAAAGGGAAGCCUGAUCUUAGGAAGAAGGUUAUGCCUGCUGUUAUUGUUCGUCAGCGUAAGCCCUGGCGCCGAAAGGACGGUGUUUUCAUGUACUUCGAAGAUAAUGCUGGUGUGAUUGUGAACCCCAAGGGUGAAAUGAAAGGUUCUGCCAUUACUGGUCCAAUUGGGAAAGAGUGUGCUGAUCUCUGGCCUAGGAUUGCAUCUGCUGCCAACGCUAUUGUGUAGAAGUAGGAGCACUCCAAGUAGUUCAUGAUUCUCAUUUGUGUUGGUUCGUCAUUAAGUUUUUUGGAUAUCUAAGGGGAAGAGUUUUGUCUUAGUAAGAAUUAUUUGCUCAGGAUUUUGCAGUAUUGAGGUUUUCACUAGAUCUAUGAAAUCCAAAUAUUUUCAUUUCCAUGGUUUAA